GAUAGCAUAACCUUCGUACUCUCGCUCGCUAUAACAACACAAAACAAAAGAUCAUAUAAUUAAAAGAAAUGGAACAUAUCGUCAAGGAAUUAGAAUUAAAUAGUGAAAACAUAUUUCCUACAGCGUCUUCAAAUACUUUUACUGUAAUCGUUCAUAAUAGUUGGUUGAAAAAAUGGUUAAAAAACUCUGAUGUUGAUAACGCACUGAACAAUGUUGAUUUUACCUUGCAACCAGGAGAAAGUGUUCCUUACCCAUGGCGAAAGUUAUUUAUAAAGGUUCUUAACAAGAAAUUAUCAAAAGUCCUUCCACUGCCACGCUAUAAACUUCAUGAAACUGCUCCUGAGUCCCCUAUAACAUUCUCUCAGUUGCUCCAGUAUGUCUCACAAAACAACCACAGAAAUCUAUGGAAGGAGUCCUAUAAGAAAUACUGCCAGAAUAAUGAUACAAAAGAAAGCACAAUCGUAAACCUUAUGGAGCAUGAUCAGCUUCUCACCGAAGUAAUGUUAAGGCUCUACGGAUGUAAUAUAAUUAGAAUUAAGAAUGAUCCAAAUAAAAUUAAUGAGUACAAAGAAAUUAUAACCAAUAAACAUGUGUCUAAAUCAUAUGAGACCCAUAGUAAUCUACUAGCCGCAUUGUUUAUUUUAGAGACUGAUAGUAACCACUUUGUAAUAUAUCGUGGACACUAUGAACAUAACUUGUUAGAUUGCCUUAAUUUUAGUCCUAGUCUGAUUGAUAGGAAUUAUGCUCGGGGUAUGUUUCUAAUUUAUCAAUUACUGAAGGUCUCAAAAGCUAUGUGCGAUCGGGGAUUGAGCUUAGGUAUGUUGACUUUACAAGAUAUAUACUUGUCUGAGAAUUUGUGGUUACAAAUUCUGCCAUCUAUUACAAAUAAUGUUCAUUGUUUGGAUGCGUCACUGAUCUAUGAACAAAGUAAGAGCAGACAGAGCACACCAGCAGUAAGUACACGGAGUAAUCAAGGAAAGAAAGGAGAGGAGUGGUGUUUCCGUAAUGAUGUGGUGCAAUUGGAGAAGCUGUGUAAUUUGUGGGUGCGGGGAAGAAUAUCCAACCUGGAUUAUUUACUGCAUUUGAACAGGUUGGCCGGAAGAUCUGCCAAUGAUAUGCAAGCUCACUUCAUGGUACCUUGGGUCACUGAUUUUACUUCAAGAUGUGGCAAGAACUGGCGCGACCUGAGCAAGUCGAAGUACCGCCUGAACAAGGGUGACCGCCAGCUUGACAUGACGUAUGACGUCAGCGCUGGCUCGGGCCAGAUCCCGCAUCACGUGACCGAUGCGCUGACCGACAUAACCUGCUACGUCUAUCUAGCUCGCAGGACCCCAAAAGGGGUGCUGUGCAAGUACGUGCGCAACAAGUGGGUGCCCGCGGAGUACCCCGCGUCGGUGCAGCGCGUGCAGGAGUGGACCCCGGACGAAUGCAUACCGGAGUUCUACACCGACCCCACCGUGUUCAAGAGCAUACACGAGGACUUGCCGGACCUAGGAGUACCGUCGUGGGCGACUUGCGCCGAAGAUUUCAUAACGAAACACAGAGAAGCUCUUGAGAGUGCACACGUCUCCGAUAAUCUGCACCAUUGGAUCGACAUCACAUUCGGAUACAAGUUAUCAGGCCCAGCUGCGAUAAAGGCCAAGAACGUGUGUCUAUCCCUUGUGGACGGACACACGAGCCCCCGCUCGGGAUACAGCGUGCAGCUGCUGUGGUCUCCGCACCCCGCGCGCGCGCCCCGCGCCCCUCCCCCGCUGCCGCCCAGGCUGCACUGGACCACCAACACCAGAAAGCCGGUGAAGGCGGACAGCUCGGACGACAUCUCCGACGAUGAGGAAGAAUCCAGCAGUCUGCCGCAGCACGUGUCCCGGCUGCACGUGCCCUCGCAUCACACGCGUUCCAGGCACAAGAGUGGUUCCCGUGCACGCUCACUCUCCACACAGGGCCCAGAAGACUCAACCACGAGCGAAGCUCACGCUUCACACUCGAGGCACUACAGGGUCCAAAGGUCCGAGUUAGGCAAAGGAAUCAUAUACUUACCCAAAGAGUUCAACCCAGUCGCCUCAAUACAGGCCAUGGAGUCUCUAGACCAGUUUAGAAGCAAAUCCUUCUUCACCAAGGCCGAAGACAAGGAGAAAAAUAGAGAAUCUGUCACGACCUUGAACUUAUUCCCCAUGCAGGAUACGAAGAAAGCCGAAUUUGUAACAGAAAAAACUUCCGAUAACACUGCUUACACCAACCACAUGUUCUUAGCGUCGUACGAUCAGACUUAUUUGAAAAAAUUCACCCAAGACCCACAUUUGGAUAGCGUUCUUAAAGAGAGAAAGAACAGGUCGUUUAACACGAGAUAUACGACCGACGCCGCGGUGUACAAGCAGUUUGUGACGGAGAGUCGAAGGCAAGACAUGUUAGUUAUUGGGUGUCUUAUUGUGGAAAUAUUCCUGCACCAGCACAUGAGAGCUUUACGGACGAAUUGUGAUAAUUUCACUGUAAGAUACAACAGUUGCCGCACUGUGUUGAAAUACAAUUUUAAUUCGCUACCAAAAUGCGUCAGUUAUAUAGCUUCUUUAUUACUAAAUGUCCAGCCGCCAAGCUUGAGUUUCAAAAGUGAGUUAACUCAGAAAAAAGAUGAGCCGAUGAAAAAGAUUGUUAUUACAGAUAAAGGUUUACCUCCACCAACUCCGACUCAGCUGCUACAGCCUUUGUUAAUGCAGCAUUUGAUUCCGUUCCCGCAGAGUUUUAACACACUAUACAAAUUGUUGGGCACGCUUCACGAAUACGAGUUGACGAGCAAUGAGUUGAAUAUUCUAUACAUGUACGAGUGUGAUGGCGUUCAGUGCGAAAAGUACCAAAACAUCGACAAGAGUAAGCUUCAUUUUAGUCAAAAAAUUGCUGAAGGGAAGAUUCAAACUUGCGCCGCUCAUUUAGACGUGAUCCUCAACCAAAUAAGUUGCAAUAAUCAGUUCGACGUAUUAGAUAUUUUCUUGUCGCAUUACAUAGAGUUGUUAAGUAAUAAAGACACUUCAGUGUUAGCCGCCUGGUAUUUGUUCGACACUGUCAGCAAAGCGUUGGGACCAGCGGAGACGAGACGGAAACUUCUAGACCACAUCCUAAAGCUUUACGACGAUGAUUACAUGAUGGCGGACAGGUUAGAACAUAAAAUGACCGAGUUUGAUCCCACUACUGCUCCCAGCGGAGCGACGAAUAAACAGAAAUUCGUCAAAUUAUACCAUAACGUGUUUCUUCUCCAACUCAUGGUCAGACUUGGCCUCGAAUGCUUCUUAGACAAAUUCACACAACAUUUAGUAGAAGCCGUCGGUGGUUAUAAAGAUUUCGACGCCGAUGUCGGCACUCCCGGUCAUUUGUGCCACAGUAGAGCAAUCAAUAAGAAACCUAGAUACUCAGACGAUAACGUCAAAAAUGCCUUGUCGACGACUACAGACAUUUUCUCCCCCGAUACGUCUUACGGCUCCGAACAAAUAACUACACCAAAUGUAGAAAUGAGGACAGUAGAUGCAAAUGAAAGCGGGAAAGACAAGGAUGGCGAUAAUCGCAGUGAAAAUGAGAUGUUUCACUUUGAGACUGAUAAAGAGGGUCUUCCCAGUCGUAAUACUAGAAGUAAAUCGCCUGCUGAUUCUAUUAGUUCCGCCAACUCCACGACAUUAGACGCGAUUAAAACGCCCUCUCCUUCAACUGAUUUUCUAUCUCCUUCUAGCUCCAAAACUUUCUUCCCAACACCUAAAAACCUUAACAUCGUAAUUAGUAAAGAGGAAAAUGAAGCAGUGACGUCAUCUAAAACUGUCUUAUCUCCGUCAGUAGAUAUUCCAAAUAAGCCAAUGUUCACCAGUUACUUGCAUUUCGGAGAAGAAGAAUCGAACGCGGAAUUGAGGAAGAAGCCACAUGAUUUUAGCAAACUUUUCGAGAACAUUCCUCACAGUGUUUCAAUGACCGAGGAAGAGAUAAGUCGAGCGUUUGGGGACAAUAGUUAUUAUAAGAUUUCUGACAUGAGUUCCGAAAGCCUGAUAUGGUUAGCUCAUAGAUUGGGCCCAGUACUUACUUGCAGGUAUAUAACAAGGAAUUUGCUGAAGAUGCUGACCUUGUGUUACAUUGGAAAGGAGAAUUUAUCGCCGUGGGAGGGUGAUGAUAAGGACGAAUUUGAUGAGAUCUCGGUGAUCAACAGUCGAGUGGUUGGGGACAGAAAUGCAAUAAAGGUUAUAAAGUGCCUCACUGCUAUUGUCGCAAUGUACGGAGAACAGCUGAUAAUCUUCCAAUACCUGCCCCACAUGGGGGAGCUGAUCGCAUCGUGCCGCCGCCGCCUGUCGGCGCCGCUAGAGGGCGGCGUGGUCGCGUGUCUGCAGCUGGUCAAGUACCUGCUGCCGUACAUGUCCGAUGUCAAGGUCAUGGAGCAACUUCAGGACACGUUCCCAAAGACGAUCCUGCAGCCGGGCAUCCGGCUGGCGGCGACGUCGCGCUGCGCGUACCCGAGCGGGGCGCGCGCGCGCGGCGCGCUGGCGCGCAAGCUGCUGGCCGCGCUGCACGCGCUCGCGCUGCGCGUGGGCCCCGAGAUGACGCGCCUGCAUCUGGCCGCGCCGGCGCUGCAGAGAUUCUUCCUGGCAUUCGAUAAAGCUAGCGGGAAAAUUGACAACUGGCCAAAGCAAGAAGAAACCGCAGGGAAGAGUUCUGACAGCGAGCAAUUCGACCUGAAGAAGGAGGGGUUCCUGGAGAUCUGCCGCGACGGCAGCACCGCGGAGUGGACGGUGCGCGACGGGCGCUGCGUGCGCGCAGACCUGCCGGACCUGGGCUGCACGCCGCCCGGGCCCGCCACGCUCACUGCCCAAGAGGAGCUACUAAUGGUCUUCGACGAGCAGCUUGCGUACUGCGCGUACACGACGUUCGCUAACUUCGUCGGCGCCGACACCAUGGAGCGCUCGUUGAAUAACAUCGACACGAUCCGAGCGUUGUGUCUUAAGUACGAGCAGAGUCACGGGAUUAGUUCACCCCAUAACACCCGUUCAGAAAAACGUGUACAAUCCUCCUUCAGCGACGAGCCAAUCAGUCGCAAGGGCAUCGAUAUCACCCCUACCAAGUCCGACAUCGUAAUGGACCACAUAUCGAGUUCGAACAGCUUCGGCUCCAACGUCACGUUAGUCGGCAAUCGGAUAGAUGUCGCCACCGAUGCAGUGGAGAAGACCGAUGGUAGUGGACAAGGGUUUGAUGUCGUCGCGUAUAAGAUGGACAAUGGGGUUAAGAGUAAUCGCCACCUCCGCGGCGAUUGGCUGAUCUACUGGGAACAUGAGAUCGGGCGUCCGGAGAAAGAGAAUAGAUUCAACUUGAAACAGAUCAAGCUGCAGACGUUUGUGGGUCACACGCAGGCGGUCAAGUCCAUAUACUGUCUGGACAACGAGGGCAGCUUCAUGAGCGGCGCUAAGGACAAGACUGUGCGGCUGUGGUGCUUGAGGAACCAGGGUGACGGCAACGCGACAUCAACUUGCAACUGGGCGUACACGGGUCACAAGAAGGGUGUUGUGUCUCUCUCCUUCGUUCCAGCCCUGAGAUUGGCUGUUUCAACCGACUCAGUAGUGCAUAUAUGGGACCCUUUUAUGGAAAGAACCGUUUCCCAGUUGGAGCACAUUAAAAGCCCCGUGAGUGCAGUACUCGCCCUGGGCGGUGGUUCAGCCGCUUUGUUAGCAGCCACCACGGACACCACGCUGCGAUUGGUCGACGUCAGGGCUGCGAGGGACACGCACGAUCUCAAGUUACCCCAAGCGGCGACAACGUUCAUCCGCUGCGUGUGCGUGGGCGGGGGCGGGGGCGGAGGCGGGCAGGCGGCGUGGGCGGGCGUGGGGCUGGCCUCCGGACACGUGUGCGUCGUGGACCUGCGCACGGGCCUGCCCAUGGCGCACUUCAAGGCUCACGACGGAGAGGUGCUGAGGCUGACAGCGGUGGACGACCACCGCAUCCUGAGCUCCGGCCUGGACCAGGUCACCGCUUUGUGGAGGGUGGAUGAUGGGGAGCUCAUCGCACACCUCAAUAUGUGCAUCGACAGAGGCAGCACUGAGCCCGUCCACUGCCUGUCUGUCUACUACAACGAGUUGAUCUCAGGAACCACCAACAAUCGCAUCGGCGUCCACACCUCACUAAACCAGGAUGCCUCGUUCUCAAGCACCAAGUUACGCUCCGAUACAUUUAAAGGUGUACUAACUUGUAUGGCGGUGUUGCCAUUAAAUAGAUUACUACUAUUAGGCAGCGAUAACGGAACGAUUAGUUUGCUGUGCUGAUCUUUAAUAACUUUUUAAACGUGGCAAUUCUCUAUUUGAAUUUCGAUUCUGUACGGCCAUUGCUGUUGGGAACUUUGUUUUACGCCGUUCUAAAUCCGAAUUUUCAAUGACUUUAUCACAAAAUAAGAUUAUAUAUAAAUUCGAAUUAUCGUUUUCAGUAAAAGUUAGGCUUUAUGUGUGGCCAGUAUUCUAUAGGACAGUUUUACCACAAUUUUAUAAUUACAGAAUUAAACUUGCUGUUUGGAUAACACAUAUGUAGCAGAGGUGAGCAUUUCCAUUAAACCUAAUAAUAAAUUAAAUUUCUGUGAUCAGACUUUAGUUAGUAAUUUUAUGCUUUUUUUCAAAGCUUUGCUCAGUGACUAAAUUGAUCUCCUUUUUUUUAUUUUAAGCCCAAAUGUAUAUUUACCAGCAACAAAGUGCAAUGGACUUUAAUAAGAAGUAUUGUAAACUGCCAAAUUGUUAUAAAUUUUAUUUCGCAAUAUUUGGUAUGACCACAUCACAAUUAUGUAUCAAUUUUUAUCAUAAGUACAAAAUAUUGUUACCAAAGACAUUCCAAGGAUGUUAAGCAUAAUAUUUUGAUGUUUUUUUUAUAAAACUACUUAUAUACACGUUUAUUCCACUGUAUCAUCAUAGUCGAGAGUAGUGACUAUUGCGUGAUAUUUCAAUUUUUUAAACGACUAUUAAAUAAAAAUGUCGUCGAAAACGGGGGAAUUUUUCAAUUAUUAUACCGAGUGGCUUUUUAACAUCAGCCAAAUUUUUAUAGCAGGUUUGGGUGACAGCACUAAGAGUAGGUAUCCAAAGAAAUCUACAAUAAAAAAAUUACAAAAAUGCUGUCCUAUACAAUUUGGCAUUUGAAAAUGUUUGAGCUCAAUUAGAAAUGUAUCUUGUAUUUAAAAAGCCUCUCUGUAUAAUGGCUUUUUAUUUAUCCAUGUGGAAUUUCAUUAUUUAUACAGUGUUAAUAAAACUCACAAUUUUACUUCAAGUGAUCAUAAUAAUGAACAAUUUAAAUUAUGUUUUAAAGAUAUUAUUUUAAAGAUAUUUAAUAAGUGACUAUGAAUUGCAUAUUAACGGUUCCUAUAAAUAUAUUGUGUUUGUAUAUUUCGCCAAGUACCUUAUUUUGAUUUAAGUUUACCUUGAAAACGUAUUUUUGCGACUUACCUUGAAAACGUGUUUUUAAACCACAAAUGGUCGCAGUAUUAACUUUUUAAUUAAAUUUGUUAUAUUUACCUUCUAUGCUAUAAACAAUAAAUCUGAUAAUGGUUUAUAAUAACUUUCAGUCAAACAAUUACGUGUCAAUAAAACGCAUGUAUUUUAGUUAUUGAGCCAAAAUGUGGUUGUUCAAAUCAAAAUGGACCUUAUGGCGCCCGGCACUGUCGACAUUAUUGCCGUUGUUUUGUAUUCGAACUACAGCAAUAAAAGCCUAAGUGCCAGUGCCAUAGGGUUCCUUUUGAUUUGAACGACCAUAAAUGGACUAAAAAGACAUAGUUUUAAGUACAUUUAAGUAUACAUUAUUCUAUCUCAGGAGAUUUAAAAAUAUAUAAUAUUUUAAUUAGUGCAAUAAACAAAACUAUAUUUGUAAAAAAUUGUGUCAAAACGCAAUGAAAUAAUGUACAGUCAACCGCACAUCAAGUUAUCAUUAAUAGUAAUAGGGGUGAUAUUUGCAAUGAUUUUUGGUAGGUUAAUGUGCUGUCGACUGUACAGUCGGGGGCAGACAAACUUAGCCUAUGGUAUAGUAAGUUAAAUAGGUGGGGGGGUUAGGUUUAUCUGCACUCGACUGUACUAAUUUGAUAUUAUUUUUAACUAAGCGAUAUGCGCGUUAAUAAUUAUGUUUAUUUUGUAUUAUAAAUUAUAAUUAAAUUCACCACAAAUGGACCAGAAAUCUGCUAAAUUACAUAUUACUGCUGAUAUGGCCCAGUGUUUGCCCGGUUAACAUAAUUAUUAACAAAACUGUUUGGGAAGACCAAACAGUUUUGUUAAUAAUUAUGUUUAUUUGUAUAAAUAAGUUCACCACAAAGAGACAUAUUAGACGACACGACACGUCGACGUGUCGCUACAAUCGGUGCAAACAACAACAUUUUAAAUUCUAUUGGAUAAUGGAUAUAACACAUAUCUCUCUAGCGGAGUUUGUGUAGACAAGUUGACAUCACUGAUAGUACUGAUACCAAAGGUGUCAAAAUCGUCGUUUUUCGUCACUCUCCUUACUUUAAAUCACUAAAUUUUUUCUUACAAUGCAACUCUUUUAAUUACAUUAUAGUAUAGGGUACGAAACUGACUGAGGUCGAAAAAUAUUUUUUAUAGAAUAAUUUAUUUGCAUAAUUUAUUUGAAUGCAUUAAUUGGACAAUAGGUAGUUGGACAAUAUUAACUGAAAUGAGUGAACCAGAAUGUCAUUAAAAUUAUUAAAAACAAGUUAAUGUUUUCGGCAAUCCUAGUUAUAUUGUACACAACAUAUGUAUAAGUUUGAAUGUCCUUAUGUUUGUUACUGAAUCGCGCAUUUAUUUCCGAGAAAUUUAGCACGUUGGUAGAAUAUAUCCCACGGUAGCGAAGUCACAUGGUGCAGCUAGCAUUACAUACUUAUAUUGGUAUCCCACGGUAGCGAAGUGCAGCUAGCAUUACAUAAUUGGAAAAAAUAUUUAUUUAAAGCAUACAUAAAAUGGUACCUAUAUUAUUAAAGUCCACGUCUUCAUGUGAAUUAUGAAAUCUCACAAUAAUCUCUUUCAUAUUUUAUUCUGCUACUUUGUAAUAUAAUUAUUAAAACCAUUUGUCCAUAAUUUGGAAGUGCAUUAUUUCAAGCACACGUUUGUAUGAUACUUAUAUAGAUUUUAUGACAUUUUGGUUGCUACAAUCUAUCACAGCAAUGCCUUGAUACACCUAACCUAUUAUAAUACCUAGAUAUUAAACUAUAUUAAAGCAUGUUGUUGUAUAAAUCUCGUAAUAAACUAGCAAUCGUAUUUUUUGUAAUAAAUAAAAGUAUUUUUAGAUUUUA